GCACAGUCUCCCACACCACACUGUGCGAUAGUGCUGGGUGGAAGCAGAUGAGCUGAAUCAAAACCGAGCAGUCCGCGGAACACUGUAACUCUCUGUUGUAAAGAAAGUAACCGAGAAAGGUACCGAGAUGGAAACCAUGAACGAGUUGAUCCCUUUCGCCAAGGAAAUGCUGAGCCAAAAGCCCAACAAGAAGAUGGUGAAGAUUUAUGUGGUGGGCUCGGUGCUGGCUUUCUUUGGGGUGGUCAUUGGACUGGUGGAGACGGUUUGCUCCCCCUUCGUAUCCAGUGGGAUCGAGGAGCAGCCGAAGCUGGAAGGCAAGCUUCCCAGAGAACCGUGCAAAGAGCAGAAAAAGCUCCAAGAAGCGAAGAAGCAGAUAGCGAGGAGCGGAUCGUACAGAAAACAUGCUUCCUGAAGCCGGGGGCGGGGGGAGGCGGGGUGGUGCUGGUGAAUGGGGGACUGGGCUGCGGUGCAGCCAUCUGUGACUGAGAUUAAUGAUUUACUGGAAACUCAAAAAGGGGAAUUUCAGUAAUGAGCUCGUGGAUUCAGCAAUUUGCUGUUGUGCAGCAGUUUUAUAUGUUUAUACCAUUUCUGGUAUCCUGUGAAUACUUUUUUUAUACUGUUGUAUUUCAUAUAUGCACUACUCCAUUUAAUAAAUUGUAUUUUCAAUUAAAUAUCAA